AUUUCAUGAUUCAUGCUGAUAUGAUUGCGUGCAUUUAUCUAACGAGAGAUGUGCCGAGCUGAGGGCAUUCAUCUCAAUUACUGAUCGACUACCUAAUGUCUCGCUUUGGGGGGUGUAUUGUUGGCUCGUUAGUCUUUCUUACCACGUGAUUUUUAACUUUUUCAUGAGGCAAAUAUUCAGUAGGAGUCAAAAGUUUGAUGGCACGCAGCAACUGGGCUGCAGACUUGAAAUUGAUAUCGGACUCUUUGUGUACUAACUCAUAACUAUCACGAUCAAAUUGUCCUCGAAGCCAAUUAAAAGCAAGGGGCAGCUAAUAUGUCGCUGAAAAAAGGGAGAUUAGGUAGAAAGCUCUCUGCUCUCGUGCAGAUUAUUUAACAUCACGAACCGGCCACGACAUUUCCUCGUCCUCUAUAUAAACCGUCGGUGGCUCGCGUUGCUGGACAGUGCUCUCUCUCUCUCUCUCUCUCUCUCUCUCUCUCCCCUCACUCCCUCCUCGAGAUGGACAAGAAACCGUGCUACCGCACGCAGGAUCCUCAAGUGAGAAAAGGACCAUGGACUCUUGAAGAGGAUCUGAUUCUGAUGGACUACAUAGCCAACCAUGGCGAAGGUGUAUGGAACUCUCUAGCUAAAGCUGCUGGUCUUCAACGCACCGGAAAGAGCUGCCGGCUGCGAUGGUUGAAUUACCUCCGACCCGACGUCCGGAGAGGUAAUAUCACUCCCGAAGAACAGCUCUUGAUCAUACACCUGCAAUCCAUGUGGGGAAACAGGUGGUCCGAAAUCGCGAAGCAUUUGCCGGGGAGGACCGACAAUGAAAUAAAGAACUACUGGAGGACCAAGAUCCAAAAGCACAUAAUCAAGCAAUCGGAAACUGAGAUCAACGAUCUCACUAUUCCUCCAUCAUCCGCAAACGCAUGCACAGAUCAUCGCGGGGUCUCGGCCGCAAAUACAAUCGAGAUCGCCUGUUCUCCACCGUCGGAUCAAGGCGGCUCCGGCGAGACUAUGCUCUCGGCCCUUCCUCCUGCCCAAGAACUGAACGACAGCGCUUGCUGGUGCGUGGAGGAUCUCUGGCCCAUACAGUCACUAAUUAGCGGUAUGGGUGAUGAUGCCCAAUACUAUUCCGUUUAGGCCUUAAUUAGAUUAUAGAUCAUGACCUGAUGAACAAAACAAAAGCAAUUAGAAGACCCAAAGGGCUCAUUUAUUGGGUCUUUAUGUUGAAGCUAGCUAGGUAGAUCUUGUAUGUAUAGAGAAAAGGCCACAACAUAUCAUAUUUCCUAUGUGAUGUGCUGUAUACACUACCAUAGCUUUGUGCUAGGUAUAUUAGCUAGCUUGUAGCAGUGGCAACAUAUCUAUCGAAAUAAGAACUUAGAUAAUACAGCUUUUGGUUA